AUGGGCAAUGCAGCGACAUGUAAAACCUGUGGAUCAAAUAGAGCUCUGAAGCAAAAUGGGAGUGACGGGGACUUAGACCAACAUGCCGAUUACUACAAGGCUGCAGACUCUGGACCGGGAGUGGAUGAUUCACUGUCUGACAGUAACACCAGUUUCCUCCGGGCCGCUCGGGCUGGAAACACAGACAAAGUCCUUGAAUUCCUCAAAAAUGGAGUAGACAUCGGAACCUGUAACCAGAAUGGACUCAAUGCUCUACACCUGGCCGCUAAGGAAGGACACAGGGAUCUAGUGGAUGAAUUGCUGCAAAGAGGAGCGCCUGUUGACUCAUCCACCAAGAAAGGAAACACUGCCCUCCAUAUCGCCUCACUGGCUGGACAAAAAGAAGUAGUCAGACUUCUGGUGAACAGAGGAGCAGAUGUCAACGCUCAGUCACAGGAUGGCUUCACUCCUCUUGCUAUUGCUCUCCAGCAAGGUCACAAUUCAGUGGUGUCCCUGCUCUUGGAGCAUGACACAAAGGGUAAGGUCCGCCUGCCUGCCCUGCACAUAGCAGCCCGCAAAGAUGACACCAAGUCUGCUGCUCUGCUGCUUCAGAACGACCACAAUGCUGACGUCCAAUCUAAGAUGAUGGUCAAUAGAACCACAGAGAGUGGUUUCACCCCCCUGCAUAUCGCUGCUCACUAUGGUAACGUGAACGUCUCCACCCUGUUGCUGAACAGAGGGGCUGCUGUUGACUUCACGGCCAGGAAUGGGAUAACACCUCUCCAUGUGGCCUCCAAGAGAGGCAACACCAACAUGGUGGCACUGUUGUUGGAUCGAGGUGCUCAGAUAGAUGCUAAAACAAAGGAUGGUCUGACCCCCUUGCACUGUGCGGCCAGGAGCGGCCAUGACCCAGCGUUGGAGCUUCUCCUGGAAAGAGGAGCCCCCAUUUUAGCAAGAACCAAGAACGGACUGUCCCCGCUGCACAUGUCCGCCCAGGGAGACCACACAGAAUGUGUGAAGCUUCUGCUGCAAGACAAGGCGCCCGUGGAUGACGUCACCCUCGACUACCUCACGGCACUGCACGUCGCAGCUCACUGUGGUCAUCACAGGGUCACCAAGCUCCUCCUGGACAAGAGGGCCAAUCCCAAUGCAAGAGCCCUGAAUGGAUUCACUCCUCUCCAUAUUGCUUGUAAGAAGAACCGAGUGAAGGUGAUGGAGCUGCUGAUUAAAUAUGGUGCCUCCAUCCAGGCAAUCACUGAGUCUGGUUUGACCCCCAUCCAUGUAGCAGCUUUCAUGGGUCACCUCAACAUCGUGCUGCUGCUGCUGCAGAAUGGAGCCUCUCCUGAUGUCCGGAACAUUCGUGGCGAGACAGCGCUCCACAUGGCGGCGCGGGCCGGUCAGAUGGAAGUGGUCCGCUGUUUGCUGAGAAAUGGAGCAUUAGUGGAUGCCAUGGCCAGGGAGGACCAGACUCCCCUCCACAUUGCAUCUCGUCUGGGUAAAACCGAUAUCGUGCAGCUGCUGCUUCAACACAUGGCCCAUCCGGACGCUGCCACCACCAAUGGCUACACUCCGCUCCACAUAUCUGCCAGGGAGGGUCAAGUUGAGACGGCAGCCGUGCUGCUGGAGGCCGGAGCCUCUCACUCACUGUCCACCAAGAAAGGAUUCACUCCGUUACAUGUAGCAGCAAAAUAUGGAAGCCUUGAUGUAGCUAAACUUCUACUGCAGCGCAAAGCUCUUCUAGAUGAUGCUGGCAAGAAUGGCCUAACUCCACUACAUGUAGCAGCACAUUAUGACAACCAAGAGGUGGCUUUGCUAUUGCUGGAUAAAGGCGCUUCACCUCAUGUCACCGCAAAGAACGGCUACACUCCUCUUCACAUUGCAGCCAAAAAGAAUCAGACAAACAUUGCUUUAGCACUGCUGCAGUACGGAGCAGAGACCAAUGUUCUGACCAAGCAGGGAGUCAGCCCUCUGCACCUGGCUGCCCAGGAAGGACACGCGGAGAUGGUCAGCUUGCUUUUGGGCAAAGGAGCGCACGUCAACACUGCCACCAAGAGUGGACUCACUCCUUUGCAUCUCACCGCCCAAGAAGAUAGGGUCAAUGCAGCAGAAGUACUGGCCAAACAUGAUGCCAACUUGGACCAGCAAACUAAACUUGGAUACACUCCUCUAAUUGUGGCAUGUCACUAUGGAAAUGUCAAGAUGGUCAACUUCCUGCUACAGCAAGGAGCCAGCGUGAACGCAAAAACCAAGAACGGUUACACACCCCUUCACCAGGCGGCGCAACAAGGGAAUACCCACAUAAUCAAUGUUUUGCUGCAACAUGGCGCCAAGCCCAACACCACCACAGUGAAUGGGAACACUGCUCUGUCGAUUGCCAAACGCCUUGGUUACAUCUCUGUGGUGGAUACGCUUAAAGUUGUGACUGAAGAGGUUAUCAUGACCACCACGACGGUUACUGAGAAACACAAACUCAAUGUUCCAGAGACCAUGACUGAGAUACUUGAUGUAUCUGAUGAAGAAGGUGAGGACACCAUGACAGGUGAUGGAGGGGAGUACCUGAGAGCAGAAGACCUCCGAGAGCUCGGAGACGACUCCCUGCCCGGACAUUAUCUGGACGGCUUCAACUAUUUGAGCCCCAACCUGGACAGGCCCCAGCGUGCUCCUAUUCACAAAAGCUCCCAUCAGAGAGAGGGAGUUCUCAUUGAAGACCUGCUGACAAGCCAGCAGGUGUCAAUGCUGUCUAGAGAGCCCGAGAAUGACUCCUUCCGCCUGAGUUGGGGUGCUGAACACCUUGAUAAUGUAGUGCUAUCGUCUAGCCUGCUGCACUCAGGCCGUUCCUCUCCAUGCCUAGACCAUGACAACAGCAGCUUCCUGGUCAGCUUCAUGGUCGAUGCCAGAGGCGGCGCUAUGCGUGGCUGGCGUCACAACGGCCUGCGGAUCAUUGUGCCGCCAAGGAAGUGCUCCGCGCCGACCCGGGUGACCUGCAGGCUGGUCAAGAGGCAUCGGUUGGCAUCGAUGCCCCCUAUGGUGGAGGGCGAGGGGCUAGCCGGUCGCAUCAUCGAAGUGGGACCCACCGGAGCUCAGUUCCUGGGUAAGCUCCACCUUCCCACAGCUCCACCCCCUCUGAAUGAGGGUGAGAGCCUGGUCAGUCGCAUCCUGCAGCUGGGUCCUCCAGGAACCAAGUUCCUUGGGCCCGUGAUUGUAGAGAUUCCUCACUUUGCUGCUCUGCGGGGCACAGAGAGAGAGCUUGUCAUCUUAAGGAGCGAAUCAGGGGAGAACUGGAAAGAACACCAUUGUGACUUCACCGAAGAAGAACUGAACCAGAUACUUAACGGCAUGGAUGAAAAACUCGACUCCCCUGAAGAGCUUGAGAAGAAAAGAAUCUGUCGCAUCAUCACGAGGGAUUUCCCACAGUACUUUGCUAUGGUGUCGAGAAUAAAGCAGGACAGUCAUUUCAUUGGUCCAGAGGGUGGGGUCCUAAGUAGUACUCUUGUACCCCAAGUCCAGGCUGUCUUCCCUGAAGGUGCCCUCACUAAGAAGAUUAGAGUUGGUCUACAGGCGCAACCCAUUGAUGUUGAGGUGGUGAGAAAGAUUCUGGGCAAUAAAGCAACAUUCAGUCCAAUCGUCACAUUGGAGCCAAGACGGAGAAAAUUCCAUAAACCAAUCACUAUGACAAUCCCAAUUCCCAAAAGCUCCAACAGUGAUGGGACUAACGCGUGUAUCAGUGGGGAGACCCCCACUCUACGUUUGCUUUGCAGUAUUACUGGAGGAACCACUCCUGCCCAAUGGGAGGACAUCACUGGUUCCACACCUCUCACCUUUGUUAACCAAUGUGUUUCCUUCACCACCAAUGUAUCAGCACGGUUCUGGCUGAUAGACUGCAGACAGACUCAGGAGUCUGUCAAUUUUGGCUCUCAGCUGUACAGAGAAAUCAUCUGUGUUCCAUACAUGGCUAAGUUUGUCAUUUUUGCUAAGACACUGGACCCCAUUGAGGCUCGCCUCCGCUGCUUUUGCAUGACAGACGACAAGAUGGACAAAACGCUGGAGCAGCAAGAGAACUUCACUGAAGUUGCCCGCAGCCGAGAUGUUGAGGUGCUGGAGGGAAAACCUAUUUAUGCCGACUGCUUUGGAAACCUGGUGCCCCUUACCAAGACUGGACAACACCACGUGUUCAGUUUUUUUGCCUUCAAAGAGAACAGACUGGCCCUCUUUAUUAAAAUCAGGGAUACUGCACAGGAGCCAUGUGGUCGCUUGUCUUUCACCAAGGAACCCCGUACAUACAGAAGUCUUCACCACAAUGCCAUCUGCAACCUAAACAUCACUCUUCCAGCAUACUCAAAGGAGUCUGAUUCAGACCAAGAUGGAGAUGAUGAGAGUGAAAAGAGUGAAAAGAAAUUUGAUUGGCAGGAUGAUGCAGACAGGAAGGAAGAGACCAUUACUAUCAUUGCUGAUCUUCUUGGCUUCAGUUGGACUGAGUUGGCUAGGGAACUUGAAUUCAAUGACGAGGAUAUUCGGCUGGUGAGAUCAGAGAAUCCUAAUUCUCUGCAAGAGCAAAGCCAUGCCUUGCUGCAGCGCUGGGUUGACAGAGAAGGCAAACAUGCUACAGAGGACAGUCUGAUUAAGAGACUAACUAAGAUCAACCGCAUGGACAUAGUGCAUCUCAUUGAAACCCAGAUUAACAAGUCUGUUCAAGAGCAGACAUCCAGGACUUAUGCAGAGAUAGAGAAGACCCUGGAUCACAGUGAAGUGUCAGUAGCCCUAUCUUCAGUGCAAGAAGACGCAGACAGCCCCAGAAUAGUGAGAAGGGUUGAGUCCGAUCGCCGACCGCCUCCUGCUGUCUCUGAAGAAGACCUCUCGGUUGCUUCCCUGCUCGAUAUUCCUUCCUGGGCGGAGCCUGUGGGAAACAUCCACUCAGAGAGCAUGCACGGAGACCUGUCAGAGGAGCUCGAGAUCCCACAGUAA